GUGACAUUUUAUUGCUGUAGAUGGAGACAAACAUCUUUACCAAUAACUUAGAUCGAAUGAUGAAAUGUUCUUUUCCUUUUUGAAAAUCUAUGUAAGUGAAUCCGUGGGAGUGUGUUAUUUAACACCUAUCUUAAACUGUUUUACUCAGAAAGGCUCAUAGUUUUGUACUUCAGGUACUUUUUGUCCCUUCGGUGUGUCUUCACUUCCAGUGUCCCUGAUUUCCUUCUUUUUUUUGUGGUAGAGGUGCUUCAUUGAAUCCCCAGAGUUAUGAGUCUGUAGACGGCUUGGAUGGAGCCUGAGUGGGAAGUCCGCAUCUCCACGUGUCCACACAUCCUGUAACUCAGUCACAUGUACGAACAGAGGGACACACGCGCAGAGACCACAGUCCUCAUUAACUUAUGAGCAGCAUGUCAGCAACUACACACACUCGCAGAGUGAUUAUCUCACCCUGUUAUCUCGGCGGAUCUCCUCACGCGCAGCUGUAUUGUCUCUCCUCAUUCAUGAAGUGAAACUUGCCGAAGCCCGUUGCUGCAUUUCCCUCAUGGAGGCCGUGGCACUUUUCUCUUUCUCAGCAUCAGAAGCCGACGAGAUCAGUUUCCAAAAAGGAGAAAUCAUCAAGGUGACAGAAAUGGAAGAUGAUUCCUGCUGGCUCGCAGCAGAGAUCCGGGGGAAACGCGGCUACGUACCCGAGAACUACAUCUCUCUCCUCCCUCAUCCGUGGUUUGCAGGAGCCGUGUCGAGGCUCGAGGCGGAGCGGCGUCUGCGCUGGCAGGACACCGGAGUUUUCCUUGUGAGGGAGAGUGAAUCAGCUCCUGGAGAGUUUUCUCUGUCUGUCAGCUAUGGCGACCGGGUAGAGCAUUUCAGAGUCCUGGAAGGGGCCGGUCAGUACUCCAUCUGGGACAAGUCGUUUGGCUCCCUGAACCGCUUGGUGGAAUUCUACAGAACACACAGCAUUGCCGUGGAGAAAGUAGUUUGUCUCAAAGACCCUUCCUCAUCCCCUCAUCUGCAGUCACACUCUGGACGUAACCCCUAUCCCAACCCUUACAAACGCAGCUCUCCAGAGUCAGUUCCCUCGGUCCGCUUCAAUUCCCACUCCCCUCUCCCAGAACGAGAGACCUCUCCACGUUUGCUGAAACCAGUUUUGAAGAAGCCUCGUCUGGCUCAUGCUCUGUGUGACUACAACCCCACUCAAACCACCCACCUCCGCUUCCUGCAGGGUGACAUAAUUGAUCUGCUGGACUGUUCGAGCUCCCUGAACUGGAGGGGGCGCUGCCGAGGCCGAGUUGGCAUCUUCCCACCAGAAUGCGUCCAAGCAAUGUACCGUUAACACAUAUCAGACCAUCAGCACUGUGGCUGUAGCGCUGACAUGUCCCUGUCAGGCUGUACAGACUUACUAAAUCGAGUGAUUGAAGUGAGCACACACAAAUAACCUACUGGUCACUUAAUACGAAACAAAUAGACAGUGAUUUUUGAUUGAAGCCUCGUUUUUUUACAGCCAAAGUUGCAACAUUUGGUUUGUUUUGUGUUAUUUCUGCUAUUGAUUUUUUUUCCUUCUCUCUUCUCACCAGUUGAUGGAGAACAAGAAAAACAGAUGUCAUGUACUUGCAUAGUAAUUCACAAAGUAGGACCACACCAACCUGAUUAGCAAAAGAGUAAAACUUCUAAUAAAGUUACGUUUGGUGUGUUGUUAGGACGAACUGGGCACAUGAAACCUUUGCAUCCAUGGUGUUGGGCUUCAGAGCAAAAUCAGUAGCUGUAAUGAUUGAAGCCAGAGGCUUUGUUUGUUUUGUCUGUCAUCAGUACCACAAAACUGUCAGACAUUGAACUGAGGCUCAUCACGCAAUACAAAACUAUCAAUUGUGUGUCUCUUAUUUAUAUCUGCCAUUUCUACCAUUUUAAUUAAAAAUAACCAUUGGCUAAUGCUAAGUUUAAUCAUUAGAACAAAAACUCACCAGCAGGUAAAUUCAUAGUGAAACAGUUUAAUCUUUACUUCGACA